AUGGUUCAUCAUAAAGUUACAAUUGUUGGUUCUGGUCCAGCUGCUCAUACAGCUGCUAUUUAUUUGGCAAGAGCAGAAAUUAAACCAACAUUAUAUGAAGGUAUGCUCGCAAAUGGUAUUGCUGCUGGUGGUCAAUUAACAACAACAACAGAUAUUGAAAAUUUUCCUGGUUUCCCAGAUGGUAUUGGUGGUACUGAAUUAAUGGAAAAAAUGAAACAACAAAGUGAAAGAUUCGGUACUGAAGUUAUAACUGAAACUAUAUCAAAAGUUGAUUUUUCUGCAAGACCUUUUAAAUUAUGGACAGAAUUUAAUGAAGAUUCCGAGCCAAUUACAACAGAUGCUGUUAUAAUUGCUACUGGAGCAAGUGCAAAAAGAAUGCAUUUACCAGGUGAAGAUAAAUACUGGCAACAAGGUAUUUCUGCAUGUGCAGUUUGUGAUGGUGCAGUACCAAUUUUUAGAAAUAAACCAUUGGCUGUUAUUGGUGGUGGUGACUCAGCAUGUGAAGAAGCUUUAUUUUUAACAAAAUAUGCAUCAAAAGUUUAUAUGUUAGUUAGAAGAAAUGUUCUUAGAGCUUCAAAUAUAAUGCAAAAAAGAGCUCAAAAUAAUGAAAAAUUGGAAAUUUUAUGGAAUACUGAAGCUUUAGAAGCAAAAGGUGAUGGUAAAUUAUUACAAUCUUUAAAAAUUGUAAAUAAUAAAACUAAAGAGGAAAAAGACUUACAAGUUAAUGGUUUAUUUUAUGCAAUUGGUCAUAUUCCUGCUACUGAAGUUUUUAAAUCUUCAACUUUAGAAUUUGAUGAUCAAGGUUAUAUUAAAACUAAACCUGGUACUGCUUCAACUUCUAUUCCUGGUAUUUUUGCAGCUGGUGAUGUUCAAGAUAAAAUUUAUAGACAAGCUAUUACUUCUGCUGGAACUGGUUGUAUGGCUGCUUUAGAAUGUGAAAAAUUUAUUGCAGAACAAGAAGAUUGA